AUGGGUGCGAACAAGGUCGUGCAGAAGUCGAAGGAGGCCAAGAUGAAGGCGGCCAUGGCCGGUGGCAAGUCGCGCAAGAAGAAGUGGGCCAAGGGCAAGGUCAAGGAGAAGCUGGCAAACUUGGUGAUGUUCGACAAGGCGACCUACGACAAAAUGCUCAAGGAGAUUCCCAAGGCCAGACUGAUCACUCCUUCGGUGGUGAGCGAGCGACUCAAGGUGAACGGCUCUGUCGCAAGACAGGCGAUCCGUCACCUCGAGGAGAAGGGCAUGAUCGCUCACGUCGGCGAGAAGUCCAGCAAACAGAUGAUCUACACACGCAAGAUUGGCGGCGGAGAGGACUAA